AUUGUACCCAGACGUACACCGCGCCAUUGCUUGAAUCGACACUCGAUCGAGUGUUCUCGGUUGUCUUCAAUCUCGAACAUUUCUUCGCUGAAAAUGGGUUGGAUAAAGUAUUUGAUUGCAAUUUUUGCUGGUUACAUCGGGUUUCUACUCGUCGGUAGAUUUGAUCCAGAAAGUAUAAAUGGCAAGCGAGUGGUGAUCACCGGCGCCAGUACGGGUAUAGGGGAGCAGAUAGCAUACCAGUAUGCUAGCCUAGGAGCAAGGGUUCUGAUCACAGCACGCAGGGAAGCAGUCUUACAACAGGUGGUGGCCAGAUGCAAGGAGCUCGGAGCCCAGGAGGCCUUCUACCUCCCGCUAGACAUGGGCAAAGAAAACGACACCAGGAGGUUGAUUGAUGAGGCUAAGGCGAGGUUUGGAGGCCUGGACCAUCUCAUCCUAAAUCACAUCACCAACAACUACAUGUCCCUGUGGGCUGGCAACUUGGAGAAGUUAAGAAAGACCAUGGACAUCAACUUCCAUGCGUAUGUGAGUCUGGCAACUUUUGCCACACCGAUGUUAGCAGAAAGCAAGGGCAGCAUCGCAGUUGUAUCAUCUGUUGCAGGAAAAGCAGGAGUUCCUUUUGUAGCUGACUACAGCGCAUCAAAGUUUGCCCUUCAUGGCUUCUUUGACACGUUACGGCAGGAAUACCAGAUGCAGAACAUGGGCAUCUCUGUGACAAUAUUUGUUAUCGGUUCCAUUGAUACCCCCAAUGCACGGGAAUACUCCAAGAAGGUCAUGGCCUCUGGUUUGUUUUUUACAACCUCGUCCUCCACGGGUUACCGCAUCAUGACAGGGACUGCUAACAGGGAGAGGGAGGUCUUCUAUCCUGCCUACGAGACUCUAUUUGCGCCUCUACUGAGGGACCUGGCCCCCCGUGUGUUGGAAGCAAUCAUGAAACUGACCUUUAAUUCGGACUUCCUGGAUGAGAUACUGAAGAAUCCCCAACCCAUGAAAACUUGAUUGACGGCCAUGUUGAAUUUUUUUUUAUUCAAUAAUUUAACUUAAUUAUAAAUUUUUAAAAAAUGAAGUUAAUUUGUUAUUUUAAUUUGACACACCUAGUCCAUCUUUGAAAAGAUCUUGUUCAGAUUUUUUCCCCAUUUUUUAAAAAUAAAUAAUUAAAUUAUCUCUUGAUGAUGCUUUCAGUUUAAAUGGUGGUAUAGGAAAAAACUGCAGCCCUUUGGGCACGAACAGAUCCACUUUGAGCAGACUGGCUCCCAGUCUGUACAGUAUCAAUACUGAUUGUGGGGCAGGAACCAGCCUACCCGCGAGAGCAGAAUUAUUUUCUGGCAGCCAAUAAUUCGAAAUUGUAAAGUAAUAAUUCAAUAGCUAAACAAAGGCCGAUUUGUUUUCGGAUGAUGUCUCAUUCAAAGUGAAUAACUGUUGUAUUGCUAGAAAAAAUAGCAAUUGAGAAAAGAAGUCUAUUUUUCAGGAUGAAACUCAAAAAGAGCACAUAACUUUUAAGUUUGUGACACCUAGAUUUUAAAUCUAAAAUUGUACAAACAGGACUUUUUGGAUAUUUAAAAUGGAAAGACAUUUCUUGAAUUUUGUGUGCCGUUUGGUUGGGGGUGACACAAAGUUGUAACAAUGGAAAUAAAAACUAUUAUCAGUACUCAGGUCCUUUUUAUGUAAUUAUGCAUUUUUUUGAAUUUUUUUUUAAGAAAUGAUGUCACUACUUCAUUUAGAUAUUUGAUAAAUCUACAGAGAAUAUCUCUGUCAUAAUGUUGACAAGCGCAAUGCGCUGGUGUAAAUGCAAUAUUUAAUUCAGUAAUAACAGACUGCUUGUUUAUACCAGCCAUUUAAACAAUAGUAUUAUGCAGCUGUACUGCCAAAUGUAAUUGCUCCCUGAAAAAUUUGUUAGACUACUUUUAUACAAUGUAAAUGUAUUCAUACACUUUUCUAAAGCUGAUCUUGUAAAACAAAUGCUGGUUGUUGUUUUUUUGCUUUUAAUUGUGUGAAAUAAUUUAUUCGGAAUUCAAUUAAAUUAUGGCUGAUAAAGUGACCGCAAUCUAUUUUUUUGUGGCAAAGUAUUUUGUGGCAUAGUAAAGUAAUUUAUAUAUUCAUGAUGAUGUUUAGUUCAGAUCUGAUAUUGACAUGAUUG